AAUUUCCUGACUCUGAAAGAAUCGGUCAACCUGGCGAAAGCAAACAACCGAAUGAAGUUUCUUCUGAACUGCCGAAGAUGCAAACUGAUUCCGCAGUGUCUCAACAUAAGAAACGACAUACAACUGGAGAAUGCUGCAUCGAAACGUGAGCUGGAGAAAGUGGUUCGGAAGCAUAGGAUCCGGCUUCUUAGCGUCAUGAUUGCCGACACGAAACGAACAAUCGGAAGCAGUAAACGAAGGAAGCACGAAUGGAGCCGAAAAGUGGAAGAAAGUUUCGAAGCGCCAGAUGCGGAGAGUGUGAAGAAAAUGGUAGAAGAGAAAACGAGUGCAGUGUACAACAAGAUGAAGGCAACACAGCAGCGAAAAAUGUCAAGAAUGCAAGAUAACCACAUGAGAGAGAUGAAUGUCGAAACGGAAUGGGUAGUGAACACGACCGAUACCGAGUUACCCGAUUAUGUGGAACGAACAUUGAAAUUAGGACCGAAUUUCAAUGUGGAUGAUGCAAGAAACCUUCCUUACAUCGAAGUGGUAGCGAGCAUCGAGAAGCAUAUACAAACGAAGGAAAAUGCAGACGAAAUCAGGUCGGAGGUGUCCAAUGCGAUUGUAAACCACAUAAACUACCAUAGACAACCUCGACAUGCUCCCCAAGAAUGGAUAAAGAAGGAUGUCACCAGGAGUAAGAAGUUUUUGAGAGACAACCCGAACCUUGUCAUCACGAAAGCAGACAAAGGAAGCAUGACGGUCAUAUUGGAAGCGCAAGAAUACCAUGACAAGAUGAAGGGACUCCUCAGCGAUGGUCAAACCUAUAAGAAGCUAACAACCAACCCGACAAACAGAGUUCUGAAGAAAAUCAACGGCAUCCUCGAUGAGUGGCACAACGAAGGGUACAUCGACUCACGCACACAAAGGAAGCUCAAGGAAUCAAGUUGCAUCCCACCACGGAUCUACGGUCUUCCGAAGAUCCACAAAGAAAACAGGCCCCUCCGUCCAGUAGUGUCGACAAUAGGAUCGGCAACGUACAACAUAGCGAAGUUCUUGGCGAACAUAAUCGAAAACAUAGUUGGAAAAGAGGUUUCCCACGUGCGUAACAGUUUCGAAUUCGCCAACGAAGUAACAGGGUUUCAUACGGACGAGGAUGAAGUACUCUUCUCGUUGGACGUGGUGUCACUGUAUACGAACAUACCAGUGGACUACGCACUACGAUGCCUCGAAGAAAGAUGGGAGGAAAUUGAGAGGCACACAAACAUAGACAGAUCCAACUUCAUUGAAACGGUAAAGUUGGUUCUGGAAUCGACUUUCUUCGUAUACCAGGGAGAGGUGUACGGACAGACCUUUGGAGUACCGAUGGGAUCUCCAUUAUCACCAGUAAUCGCCAACGUCGUUAUGGAAAAGUUGGAACAGGAGUCCAUAAAAAAGCUAGAGGAAGAUCACAUAACCCUGAAGGUGUAUCGAAG